AUUCUUAUUGGUUCGUUCGAAUAUACAGGGAAAAUACAUUAAUUUUAAUUGGCUAUUUCGAACAAGUUAUUUUGCAGAGGUUUGGUAUCAAACGUUCAUAAAAGUAUUUAGGUAUGGAAGAUUACACAAAGAUAGAAAAGAUCGGAGAAGGCACAUACGGCGUGGUGUACAAAGGGCGUCACAAGAAGACCAACCGGUUAGUUGCCCUGAAGAAGAUUCGUUUGGAGAGUGAAGAAGAAGGUGUUCCGUCGACCGCAAUUCGUGAAAUCUCUCUGCUCAAAGAAUUGCAACACCCCAACAUUGUGUGCCUUGAGGAUGUCUUGAUGCAAGAGAGUAAGCUGUACUUGGUGUUUGAAUUUCUUUCUAUGGACUUGAAGCGAUACAUGGACACGAUUCCGUCGGGGAAGUUCAUGGACAAGAUGUUGGUGAAGAGUUACACGUACCAGAUUCUACAGGGCAUUCUGUUCUGUCAUCAGCGACGCGUGUUGCACCGUGACCUCAAGCCACAGAACCUGCUCAUAGACAAUCACGGGGUGAUCAAACUGGCUGACUUUGGGCUAGCGAGAGCAUUUGGUAUACCGGUUCGAGUUUACACUCACGAGGUUGUAACUCUGUGGUACCGGGCCCCGGAGAUCCUGCUCGGCUCACCCCGCUACUCGUGUCCAGUGGACGUCUGGAGUAUUGGUUGUAUAUUCGCAGAGAUGGUCACGAAGCGGCCACUGUUCCAUGGAGAUUCCGAGAUCGAUCAGCUCUUCAGGAUAUUCAGAACAAUGGCAACACCCACCGAGGAGACGUGGCCUGGUGUGAGCAGCCUGCCGGACUACAAGCCAACGUUCCCGUGUUGGAAGACGAACCAGCUACACACUGCCGUCAAACAGCUCGACAACGUAGGGCUAGAUCUCUUACAGAAAACUUUGACCUAUGAUCCUGCCACAAGAAUAUCGUGCAAGAAUGCUUUAAGUCAUCAGUACUUUGCUGAUUUGGACAAGUCUGUGUUGCCAGCUGCUCAGCACAUUGCAUAGGAAUGACUAUGACUGUCGCACUCGGGCUGGAGCUGCAACACAGACAUGAUUAGUGCACAGUUUACGCAGACAGUUUUAUUUAUAAGCGGGUAGUUGUGUUGACAGAGGGACCAAACGAUGAAAUAUGUGAUACUGCCAGGCCACAAAUCCACUAUUGGAAGGAGAAACGUACAAGAUUCAGAACCAGAUAAAAAUAACUUGUAUUUAAAAAAAAACCCACCAACGAUUUAAAACUGAUCAAAAUCCUAUUUUUAUAUUUAUACUGAGGGGGUUUUUUUUGGGUGGGGGGGGGGGGGGGGGGGGGUCAAUUGUCAAAACUAUACUAUUAUUAUUUUUUCUUCUACAUAUUAUUCUGUUCCUAAUAGUUUAUCUAUAUGGGUAACAUUGUUUAUUGCUGUUCAUCGAAACACAACCAGUUGCACCAAGGACAACAUUUGAAUAAAGUAUUACUUGCUGCAUCUUCACAAGCCAGGGUAUGGUACCAUUUCAUACAAAAUGCAGAGAUGGGGUAGGACAUAGCCCAGUGGUAAAGUGCUCGCUUGAUGCACAGUCUGUCUCAGAUCGAUCCCUGUCGGUGGGCCCAUUGGGCUAUCUCUUGUUCCAGCCAGUGCACCACAACUGGUAUAUCAAAGGCCA